AUGCCUUCUACCUCACAAGGAUCACACACAGCAGCACCUAUUUACAAUCUUCGCCCGUUCACUCGAAAGGGCCCUAGACAGAAGAGGUUUCAGACACAAAGCAGUUUACGUUGUGUGGCUCAGUCUUUCACCAAAGAGGUAAUUCUCCUGCCAGACCAUACAUCGACACAUGUGCCAAGGCGUGCCAAGAAAGCUUGGCUUUUUGAGCACGGACAUAUAAAAUCUGCCUUGGAGUUUGAGUGUGACUGGGAUGCCGACAAAGUUAUGCAGGCAAUAACAACAGCCUUCCAGCCAAUUGUGGAGGGAUGCAGGUUACAAAUCUUGCUGCCAUGCCACAACAAACUAGUGGAGCCAUCCCUGACCUCCAAACAGGCUUUAGGUGGAGACCUUGUGAAAAAACUGUUUCAUCAGAAAUCCAUUUAUGUCAGGCCUGACAAGGUCAUUUUAACUGAGGAAAAAGAAUCUUCAUGUUCUGAUGGAGAUAGUAGCCAUACAAACAGCAAUGAUAUCAUAGAAAUAGCAGACCACGAUAUGUGUGUCCCUGGUAGUGUGCCUGACAAAGUUGUGGAGGCCCCAUCCCUUUCCACUAAUACCACUUCCAUCUCCGUUGGAGAUGAAGUUGUGUGGUGUAUAGCCACCCAAGAAAUUUGCACUGUUGCACCUAACAUCUCCGAUAAUAACCUCACCAUGUCUACUAGUACUGCUGUCAUUACAAUUGAUGAGACUCCUACCUUUUCCAGUGGAACUUCUGCCAUCUGCAGUGGCAACACCCACAGCUUGUCGAUUGGUCCAACUACCAGUGCAAAUAGACAAACAAGUUGCAUCUCUGCUAAUCACUCCACUGGGAUGUCCCAUGAACCCACCCAACCCAGUACAUCCAGCACAUCCUACAGCACAUACCUUGAUCUUUUUGAGGAAGAGUACAUCUCUGAUGACCCUGAUCUCCAGGAAGCCAUCUCAAGGUCCUUAGAGUCUAGCACAAGUGAGAGUGAUUUAAAGAUAACUUUUGAAAGAAUAAUGGAGACCAUUGCUUCUAGAGUAAAUAAUGAUAGCAUUGUACGCUUCAACAUCAUAAGAAGAAAUGUAUGGGAUGGAGCAUCCAGAGCAAUGGGCAGAUCCAAUUUUUCACCUGAGAAGAAGGUAGAUGUUAAGUUUACUGAUGACUACGGAAUAUCUGAAGGAGCAGUGGACAAUGGAGGGCCUACUCGGGAGUUUUUCCGACUCUGUCUUCAUGAAAUCAAGGACAAAAUUGCCAUCUUUGAGGGACCACCUAAUUCUAAACUGCUUACAUGCAACUCCAAAGGUACUUAUAAACAUACAUAUCAGUAAAUCAGUAAAUAUGUUGAUUUUUUUUGUGUAUGUUCUGUCUGAAUCAAACCCAUGACCUCUCAUGUGCUGCUUUUGCAUUGCUGUAAAUGAUUCAGAACCACACAAGAUAGUUUGAUUUUUACAUUUUAUAAUUAAAAUACUUUAUCAACUGUCAUUGCAUUAGCAGUGCAAAG